AUGAUUGCCGACGAAUCGAAUGAUUCUCAUGAAAACAAACGAGUAAAGAUCACCACUGCAUGUGAUACUUGUCGUCGGCGAAAAGUUAAAUGCGACGGUGCUUCUCCAUGCGCCAAUUGUGGAAGAGGCGGAUAUCAAUGUACUUUCUCUGACGCUUCAACAAAACGACCUAGAGGUCCACCUAAAGGGUUCGUUGCACUUAUAGAAGAAAGACUACACAACAUAGAAUCUUUGUUGGUUAAGGAGGCAAAGCAAGAACAAUCAAAGGAGACGGGUGACCGUCGAAAAUAUAAUAGCACCAACAACAAUACACACCUAGUUAUACCUAGCACUCCACCAGCCGAUGUUCUUUCUCUAUUAGAACCACAAGAGCCUUUUGGUGAUGACCUUGGUAGCGAUGACGAAGAGGAUGUUCAAAAAAUUUUAACAGGUUUCACUGCCAAUAAUUAUCAGGACAACCUUCUACAUUUAUCACAUCAACCUGGCUCAUACUCAGAGCCAGAGAUACCAAGUUCUUUGCCACGAAUUACCCCUCCGCCACAAGAUGUCGUGAAUCAACUCUUGGAGAAGUUUUUCACGCAUUUUCAUCCGUUCUUUCCGAUAAUAGAUCGAACACAACUUUACCAGCAAUUGCAAAGUACUGACAAUCAGCCAUCACCGUUACUCAUGAAUGCUAUUUACGCUGUUGGCGCUUCAUAUCCACCAAUAUUACAGGACUCUUACAGUCCAACGACAUUCUAUGAACUUGCAAAAAAUUUGUUGGAUUAUUUCCUCGAUGCACCAAGACUAUCUACAGUGCAAGCCUUAAUCUUGCUAUGCAUGGUUGAUCAAGGAAAAACAUCGUCUUUUCGACCGCAAUCUUAUUCUUUCAUGGCUAUUCGAAUGGCUCAAAGUAUGAGACUUAAUCGAAAAAACGGGGCUAUCUACUAUCAGAACAACAAUAGACAUACCAAGAAAUUA